UGAUAAUCUAAUAAUGGAUCCCAACAAUAUCGUUUGUAUAGUAGAAAAAUCACAGGAGUUCUAAAUUUUUAAUCCUUAAAAUUCCAAUUCUUCCAUUAUGCCCAAUUAAAAAGAUUAGGUAAUAUAAUAUAUGAUCUAUGAUGUAAUUAGGAAUUAAUGAAUACAAUUUACUUUUUAUAAUCUGAACUAAACGAGAUAAAGGCUAACUAUUAGUAACUUUUCAAAGACUUCUAACUAUACCGUAUUAAUAAACUUAUAUAAAAGACUAAAGGUCUGAAGAAUUGCUUUCAAAAUAAUCCCAAUAUCUCUUGAAAGAUUAGUAGUUGUAAAGCGAUUAUAAAGAUUAAAUUAAAUCCCUGUAAAACGAAAUUGAUUAACUUGUUUAAAGAAAUAAGGAAACCUUAAUAAUAAAAAAUGAAAAUGUCAAAUUGUUGGAGAAAUUACAGAAUUAACAAGAAUAAAUAGAUAAACUUUAAACAGAAAGAGAUAAUUUAUAAGUAUAAACGUAUACUAAUAAAAUAGGAUUUGAAUAAAAAUUUAUAAGAGAUGAUAGAAUAAAGGAGGAAUGCGGAUUAGGCAGAGAGCAAAAAUUAAGAGUUGAAUCAAAUAAUAUAGAAUUUAGAAGAGGCUUUGGAAAAAAGUAAGAAAGAUUAUGGUAGUUUAAAAAUACCUAUUUAGAUUUUCUUUUGUUAUAGAUGAAAGAAGAGAAGGAAUAGGAAAUCAAAUUUCAUUUAGAGAGUAAAAUAAAAUUAAUGAAAUAGGUAUUGCCAAAUAAAUCAUUGAGAAAUUGAAUAAAAUUAAUAACUAACAUCAAAAUUGGGAUUAGCAAAAAAUUUUAAGAAAAUAAUUGGCCUAAGAUCUAUUUGAAAUCUUUAAUCAAAAUUUAAGGUUGCCACUCAAGACAUAAGAUUUAACAUUUAGGCAUGAAUUUCAAGAUAAUAAGAUAAAUGGUUUUGAUGAGAUUUAGAAAAAGAAAAUUUAAUGA